AGCAUGCAUGAGAAGAUGAAGGCCAUGGCCUGCACGGACUCGAAAGUAGAGCAGAUGUUCCAGAUCUUGCUGGAUCUUGAAGAAAAGGAUGCGGAGAAGAAGCAGAAAGCUGCACAGAACCUGAUCGUGCUGGCACGAGAAGAGGCUGGAGCAGAGAAGAUCUUCCAGAGUGACGGUGUGCGGCUGCUGAUGCAGCUGCUGGACACGGCCAAGGCUGACCUGAUGCUGGCAGCCCUGCGCACGCUGGUGGGGCUGUGCUCCGGCCACCGCUCUCGUACCACGGCCAUCCUGGCGGAACUGGGGGCUCCCCGUCUCGCGGCGGUGCUGGGUGUGGAGCACGAGCAGGUGUCCCUGGCUGCCUGCAACCUGCUGCACGUCAUGUUCGACUCCCUGAAGGAGGGGCUGCAGAAGGACUUCCGUGGGAAGGAGGAUGCAGUGGUGCUGGAUUCCUCCAAGGACCUGAAAUUGCUGAUCAAGCACCUCCUGGAGCUGCUAGUGCUGGAAGGGGCCUCAGCGCAUGGCCGUGACAAUGCCCUCAACCUGCUCAUCAAAGUGGUGCCCAGGAGGUCACCAAAGGAGACCAACAACAGCCUGAGCCUCUGGGUGAUUGAUCAGGGCCUGAAGAAAAUCCUGGAGGUGGGCAGCACCGUGUGCGGCAGCUCGGGCAGCCUGCCCGUGACAGAGAACAGCCGCAUGAGCACCUCUGUUCUGCUGAGCAAACUGUAUGAGGACCUGAAGUGUGAUGCUGAGAGGGAAAACUUCCACCGUCUGUGUGAGGACUAUGUGAGGAGCUGGUUCGAGGGGCACGAGCUGCCGGGAAAGCUGCGGGCCAUUCAGACAGUGUCGUGCCUGCUGCAGGGUCCCUCAGAUGCAGGGAACAGGGUGCUGGAGCUGGAGGGCAUCAUGGACAGCGUGCUGUCCCUCUGCGCCUCUGUCUGCGAGGCACACCAGCUGGUGGCCGUGGAGGCGCUGAUCCACGCGGCCGACAAGGCCAAGCGCGCCUCCUUCAUCACGGCCAACGGCGUCAACCUGCUCAAGGAGAUCUACAAGCACAGCGAGAGGGACAGCAUCCGCAUCCGCGCCCUCGUGGGACUCUGCAAGCUGGGAUCUGCUGGAGGCACGGACUUCAGCAUGAAGCAGUUUGCCGAGGGAUCCACCAUGAAGCUGGCCAAGCAGUGCCGCAAGUGGCUCUGCAACGAGGCCAUCGAUGCGGGCACGCGGCGCUGGGCUGUGGAGGGCCUGGCCUACCUCACCUUCGAUGCAGAUGUCAAGGAGGAGUUUGUGGAGGACAAGGCAGCAAUGCAGGCCAUGUUCCAGCUGGCCAAGUCAGAGGACAGGAGUGUGCUCUAUGCUGUUGCCUCCACGCUGGUGAACUGUACCAACAGCUAUGACCACGAGGAGCCGGACCCGCAGAUGCUGGAGCUGGCCAAGUAUGCCAAGCAGCACAUCCCGGAGCAGCACCCCAAGGACAAGCCCGAGUUCGUGAAGCGGCGCGUGCGGAAGCUGCUGACGGCCGGCGUGGUGUCGGCCCUGGCCUGCAUGGUGAAGAGCGAGAACCCGGCGCUCACCAGCUCCUGCCGGGAGCUCAUCUCCAGAGUGUUCCUGGCACUGGUGGAGGAGGCAGAAGACCGGGGUGGUGUGGUUGCUCAGGGAGGAGGCAAGGCUCUGAUCCCACUGUCCCUGGAGGGCACUGAGGUGGGGCAGACCAAGGCAGCGCAGGCCCUAGCAAAGAUCACCAUCACGUCCAACCCGGAGAUGGCAUUCCCUGGGGAGCGGAUCUAUGAGGUGGUGCGGCCCCUGGUCAGCCUCCUGCACCUGCAGCGCUCGGGCCUGGAGAACUUUGAGGGGCUGAUGGCCUUGACCAACCUGGCUGGCAUCAGCGAGAGGCUGCGGCAGAAGAUCCUGAAAGAGCGCGCUGUGCCCAUGAUCGAGGGCUACAUGUUUGAGGAGCACGAGCUGAUCCGGCUAGCCGCAACUGAGUGCAUGUGCAACAUGGCCAUGAGCAAGGAGGUGCAGGAGAUGUUCCUGGCUGAGGGCAGCGACCGGCUGAAGCUCAUGGUCCUGUACAGUGGGGAGGAGGAUGAGAAGCUGCGGCGGGCAGCCUCGGGCACCCUGGCCAUGCUGACUACCCUGCAUCCCCCCAUCUGCAAGCGGAUUCCCCAGGUGACGGUGCACUGGCUGGAGAUCCUGCAGGCCCUGCUGCUGAGCCCCAGUGCGGAGCUGCAGCACCGUGGCGCCGUGGUGGUGAUGAACAUGAUGGCAGCUGCUCGGGAGGUGGCCGAGCAGCUCAUCGCCAGCGAGAUGCUGGAGAUCCUCUCUGUGCUCGCCAAGGA